ACUUCCGGCAAGAGCUGAUGGACUGAAACCAAGGCAGCACCCGGGUCUGCCGGCCACUCGGGGCAGAGACACGGAACCCGAUGUGGGUUUCGCUAAACCAGUUCCGGGAUCCUAUUUUUUGGUCAUGGUGUCCGGCGCUCGGUCCACCACGGAGUCCACCUGGGAGCCGCCGGAAGUCGCUCCGAGGAGAGACAGGAAGUCCCUCCCCUUCCUCCCAGAGGGAAGACGGUGAGCCGGAGGAGUCAGUCAGAGAGGCGAGCAGGAGCGAUUCCGUCGGCAAACAGGAUCAAAACCAUUCAAGUGCAAGAUAUGCCAUUUUGCAACAGCUCAGCUUGGCGAUGCCAGAAACCAUGUCAAAAGGCACCUUGGGAUGAGGGAAUACAAGUGUCACGUCUGUGGGGUUGCUUUUGUCAUGAAGAAGCACUUAAAUACGCAUCUCCUAGGCAAGCAUGGAGUUGGCACCCCAAAAGAAAGGAAAUUUACAUGCCACUUAUGUGAUAGAAGUUUCACCGAGAAGUGGGCCCUGAACAACCACAUGAAGCUCCACACGGGAGAGAAGCCAUUUAAGUGUAGCUGGCCCACGUGCCAUUACUCCUUCCUCACGGCCUCCGCCAUGAAAGACCACUACCGGACGCACACAGGCGAGAAGUCGUUUCUGUGCGACCUCUGCGGCUUCGCUGGCGGGACUCGGCACGCGCUCACCAAGCACCGCCGCCAGCACACAGGAGAAAAACCUUUCAAAUGUGAUGAGUGUAGCUUUGCCUCCACAACCCAGUCUCAUCUGACUCGGCACAAGCGGGUGCACACGGGAGAGAAGCCCUACAGGUGCCCCUGGUGUGACUACAGGUCAAACUGUGCUGAAAACAUCCGAAAGCACAUUUUACACACUGGCAAACACGAAGGAGUGAAGAUGUACAACUGCCCUAAGUGUGACUAUGGAACGAACGUGCCUGUGGAGUUCCGGAACCACCUGAAGGAGCAGCACCCCGACAUCGAGAACCCGGACCUGGCUUACUUGCAUGCUGCUUAUGUUCCUGAGGAAGAACUGAAGGCAGCAGAAAUAGAUGAAGAGAACGUGGAGGAGGACGGGCUGUCUCUGGACAUCCCGGAAAGUGACUAUGUGUGCAAUGAGGACCCCGAGAUCAAGGAAGCUCAGAGCUACCAGAACUCCCCCGUCAGCUCCGCGACAAACCAGGACGCUGGCUACGGGUCGCCCUUCAGUGAGAACAGCGACCAGCUCGUCCACUUCAAAAGCUCUUCCUCCAGAGAGGAGAAGGAGGACCCACAGGGCCCGGACAGCGUCUCCUACCCCCAGGACAGCUUGGCCCAGAUCAAGGCUGUGUAUGCGAACUUGUUCUCCGAGUCCUGCUGGUCCAGCCUGGCUCUGGAUUUGAAGAAGUCGGGUUCGACCCCCAGCAACAACGAUGCGGGCCAGAAGGAGGGAUCCACCCCUGCCCCCACACCCCCCGCCUGCACGGCGGGCGCCACAGGCACCACGGCCAGCACCCCCAGCUCAGGCUCGGGCUCGGGCUCGGGCUCCGGCAGCGGUGGCAGCGGCGGCUCGGGGUACGACUGGCAUCAGGCCGCGCUGGCCAAGACGCUGCAGCAGACGUCCUCGUAUGGGCUGCUCCCCGAGCCCAGCCUCUUCAGCACCGUGCAGCUGUACAGGCAGAACAACAAGCUGUAUGGCUCGGUGUUCACGGGCGCCAGCAAGUUCCGCUGCAAGGACUGCAGCGCCGCGUACGACACGCUGGUGGAGCUGACCGUGCACAUGAACGAGACGGGGCACUACCGCGAUGACAACAGGGACAAGGACUCCGAGAAGACCAAGCGGUGGUCCAAGCCCAGGAAGCGCUCGCUGAUGGAGAUGGAAGGCAAGGAGGACGCCCAGAAGGUGCUCAAGUGCAUGUACUGCGGCCACUCCUUUGAGUCCCUGCAGGACCUGAGCGUCCACAUGAUCAAGACAAAGCAUUACCAGAAAGUGCCUCUGAAGGAGCCGGUGCCAGCCAUCACCAAGCUGGUCCCUUCCACCAAGAAGCGUGCCCUGCAGGACCUGGUGUCCCCGUGUUCGCCGGAACCCGCGGGGCUUGGUGCCGACGCCGUGCUCAGCGAGGUGGCCAAGGACCAGAAGACCGGCAACCCCUACGUGACGCCCAACAACCGUUACGGCUACCAGAACGGCGCCAGCUACACCUGGCAGUUCGAGGCCCGCAAGGCGCAGAUCCUCAAGUGCAUGGAGUGCGGGAGCUCGCACGACACGCUGCAACAGCUCACCGCCCACAUGAUGGUCACCGGCCACUUCCUCAAGGUCACCACCUCGGCCUCCAAGAAGGGCAAGCAGCUGGUGCUGGACCCGGUGGUGGAAGACAAGAUCCAGUCCAUACCCCUGCCCCCCACCACGCACACCCGGCUGCCCGCUGCCCACAUCAAGAAGCAGCCCGACUCCCCUGUGGGCACCAUGCCCUCAGAGGACAAGAAGGAGCCCGAGAAGGACAAGGCGCCAGCGGUGGGUGAGGCAGACAAGAAGGUCAAGGAGGAGAGCGAAGACACCCCCGAGAAGUUCGAGCCCACUGCCCUGUAUCAGUACCUCCGCGAGGAAGACCUGGACGACAGCCCCAAGGGCGGGGUGGACAUCCUCAAGUCCCUGGAGAACACAGUCUCCACGGCCAUCAGCAAAGCGCAGAAUGGUGCGCCCUCGUGGGGCGGCUACCCCAGCAUCCAUGCGGCCUACCAGCUGCCCGGCGCCGUGAAGCCGCUGCCCGCCGUGCAGAGUGUGCAGGUGCAGCCGUCCUAUGCCAGCGGCGUGAAGUCGCUGGCCCCGGAGCACAGCGCGCUGCUGCACUCCCCGGGGAGCCUCACGCCGCCGCCACACAAGAGCAACGUGUCCGCCAUGGAGGAGCUGGUGGAGAAGGUCACCGGCAAGGUCAGCGUGAAGAAGGAGGAGCGGCCUGCCACCGACAGGGAGAAGGGCUCCCCGGCCAAGGCCGUGUCCCCCGUGGCCAAAGAGAAUAAAGACUUUCCCCGCGCAGAGGAUGGCGGCAGCGGCAAGGCCACGCACAAGAAGGGCCCGGAGGUGGAGGCAGGGAAGGCCAAAAAGGAGGGUGUGCUGGACACGCACACCCCAAACGGCACCGAGCCUCUGAAGGCCAAAGUCACCAACGGCUGUAAUAACCUGGGGAUCAUCACAGACCACUCAGCGGAGCCCUCCUUCAUCAACCCGCUCAGCGCGCUGCAGUCCAUCAUGAACACGCACUUGGGCAAGGUGUCCAAGCCCGUGAGCCCAUCGCUGGACCCGCUGGCCAUGCUGUACAAGAUCAGCAACAGCAUGCUGGACAAGCCGGUCUACCCCGCCGCCCCCAUCAAGCAGGCGGACGCCAUCGACCGCUACUACUACGACAACAGCGACCAGCCCAUCGACCUGACCAAGGCCAAAAGCAAGCCCCUGGUCUCCAGCGCCGCCGACCCCGUGGCGUCCCCUCUCCGGGAGAGCGCCCUCAUGGACAUCUCUGACAUGGUGAAGAACCUCACGGGCCGGCUGACCCCCAAGUCCUCCACGCCCUCCACCGUGUCCGAGAAGUCGGAUGCCGACGGCAGCAGCUUCGAGGAAGCACUGGACGAGCUGUCGCCUGUGCACAAGAGGAAGGGACGCCAGUCCCACUGGAACCCCCAGCACCUGCUGCUCCUGCAGGCGCAGUUUGCCUCGAGCCUGAGGGAGACGCCGGAGGGUAAGUACAUCAUGUCGGACCUGGGCCCGCAGGAACGCGUGCACAUCUCCAAGUUUACCGGGCUGUCCAUGACCACCAUCAGCCACUGGCUGGCCAACGUGAAGUAUCAGCUGAGGAGGACAGGGGGUACCAAGUUCCUGAAGAACCUGGACACAGGGCAUCCUGUUUUCUUUUGCAACGAUUGUGCCUCUCAGUUCAGAACUGCUUCUACGUACAUAAAUCACCUAGAAACACACUUGGGCUUCAGCUUGAAGGAUCUCUCCAAGCUGCCACUAAAUCAGAUUCAAGAACAGCAGAAUGUUUCAAAAGUCCUGGCAAACAAAGCCCUGGGCCCGGUCGGGGCUGCCGACGACGAUGGGGGCUCCACAUUCCAAUGCAAGCUUUGCAACCGGACUUUCGCUAGCAAGCACGCAGUCAAACUGCACCUUAGUAAGACCCAUGGCAAGUCCCCGGAGGACCACCUGAUCUAUGUGACGGAGCUGGAGAAACAGUAGCGUCCAGGAGCGCGAGGGACCGCGGCACAUUGCACUACACGUCGUCUUUGGACUGCACUAGGCCUGGGCUGAGCCUCCGAAAUCAGCCUUCCCUUUGUUGCCGAGCUGGCUGUCUGGACCUUGGUUUUUUCUUACACAUAUUUUGUAGUUAUAUUUAUAUGCUCUUUGUCCGAUUGUGCAUGUUAUUUUUCUUUUUCUGUGAGUCAAAGUCUGACCUUUAUUUUCAACAUCUGUUCUUGAUGUUAAGCUAUCUUUUGUAGGAAAUAGUGGGCACACUACUCAGAGACAUGCAUUUAGCAGAGAAGAAAGACACAAAUAACAAUGAUAAAAAGACAUCCUAAAAUUACAAAGUUGCCAUGACAAUAAAGGUCAUAGAACCUGGUAGUGUCAAAUUUAACCCUUUGAGGACUGCAAUUGCAUUUCUGUGCCUUUCACUCAAAAAAAAAAAAAAAAAAGAAAAAAAGGCUUAAAGGCAUUUCAUUCAGAUCAAAAGCUGUGUCAGACACAAAACUUAUUUAAUAAUUAAAAAAAUGAGCUUUUAUAUGCAGAACUGGUUUGUGAAGGUAACAUGCAUGCAGCUGUCGGAAGAUAGAAAGUUGUCUAGGAGUCGUGAGGUUAGGAAGCCACAGCUUUACACAUUGAAAAUGAAACAAAACAAAAAAAA